AUGCUGCGCUCCUCGAUUGCUCCGGGUCGGCAAUUGCUGUCGAACCCCAUUCGCCAACGGAUCCCUUCACAAUGGCUCUCCAAAGCCGGUGCAAGCAGCCGGCUCGCAGGCCAGCGCUUCUUCGCCGACUCUAAGCCCCCAACUACAGGUGGCCCGACCCCGGUUUCCCCUUCCUCUGAGUCCAGUGUGCCUCCCGAGACCAUCUCCAAGGCCGCCGAACAAGAUUCCAAGCUCCCUCCCGCGCCUCCAGCAGCUGCCCCGCGCAAGACCGGCCGUUUCCGCCGAUUCUUGAUUUACUUGAUCCUCACUUCAGGCUUUGCCUACGGUGGUAGUAUCUUCUUGGCUAUGAAGUCUGACAACUUCCAUGACUUCUUCACCGAGUACAUCCCCUACGGCGAGCAGUCCGUUCUCUACUUCGAAGAGCGCGACUUCCACCGCCGCUUCCCCAAUGCCCUGCGACACCAGAACCGCCUCCCCGCCGCGCCAAGAGAGGAGGGUGCACCUGUGACCAUCCCCAGCAAGAGCGGCCUGUCUUGGAAGGUGGCUGGUGAGGAGAAGGCUGAUACUGAGACUGCCAACAAGGCCUCUCACGACGCCCGCGCCCAUGACGCCCAAACUAAGCCCGCAACCGCCAAGCCCGAAGACCGCUCCGCUGCCGUAACCAAGGCCAAGGAGGACAAGGCUGUAAAGAGCGGUGACAAGGAGGCUAGCGCUAAGCCCGAGGAGAAGAAGCAGGUUUCUCUGGAGGAGCCCAGACAGCCCGCUGUUUCUGCCAGCACCAUCGAGCUGCUCCAAGUGCAGGAUGGCGACGACUCUGUCGUUCAGGACUUGGUCAAGACUUUCAAUGACAUUGUGACCGUCAUCAGCGCCGAUGAGAACUCGAGCAAGUACUCCGCGCCGGUCGCAAAGGCCAAGGGCGAGCUCGAGAAGAUUGGCGAGAAGAUUGCCGCCAUUCGCAGUGAUGUUCGCAACGCUGCCCAGGAGGAGAUCAACAAGGUUCACGCCACUUUUGAUGAGUCCGCCCGGGAAUUGAUCCGCCAGUUCGAGGAAGUGCGCGGCACUGAUCUUGCUUCAUUCCGCGAGGAAUUCGAGGCUGAGCGCGAGAAGCUUGCUCACGCUUACCAGCAGAAGCUCACCUCCGAGCUCCGUCACGCCCAAGAGCUUGCUGAGCAGCGUCUCCAGAACGAGCUUGUCGAGCAAGCCAUCGAGCUGAACCGCAAGUACAUCCACGAGGUCCAGGGCCUUGUGGAGCGCGAGCGUGAGGGCCGUCUGAGCAAGCUCACCGAGCUCACCACUGAUAUCAAGGACCUUGAGAAGUUGACCGCCGGCUGGAGCGACGUUAUCGACACUAACCUCAAGACCCAACAACUGCAGGUUGCUCUUGAUGCCGUUCGCACCGUUGUCGAGCGCGCCGAGACCCCUCGUCCCUUCGUGCGCGAGCUGGUUGCCGUGAAGGAGCUCGCUGCUGGUGACUCCGUUGUCGAGGCUGCCAUCGCCUCCAUCAACCCCACCGCUUACCAGCGCGGUAUUCCCUCCCCCACUCAGAUCAUCGAGCGUUUCCGCCGAGUUGCCAGCGAAGUCCGCAAGGCUAGCUUGCUCCCAGAGGAUGCCGGUGUGGCCAGCCACGCCGCCAGCCUUGUUCUGAGCAAGGUCAUGUUCAAGAAGGAUGGUUUGCCCGAGGGUGAUGAUGUCGAGAGCGUUCUCGUUCGCACUGAGAACCUGUUGCACCAGGGUGAUGUCGAUGCGGCUGCUCGUGAGAUGAACACUCUCCAGGGAUGGGCUAAGAUUCUUAGCAAGGAUUGGCUUGGUGACGUGCGCAGAGUUCUUGAAGUGAAGCAGGCUCUCGAGGUUAUUGAGGCCGAGGCCCGUCUCCAGUGCUUGCGUGUUGAAUCUUCAGCAAACACGUCGCCCUUUCUUCGAUCCGAUGGAGGCUCAUUGCCCCCAACCACGCCGCAAAUGAACGACGGCCAAGCGAGCGGGGAGCUGGAGGGGAGUACAUUGGGCAGCGGUUCUCGGGAUGGAGAGCGGAGGACCCAGAGCUCCAGUGGCUUUUUGCUGGACUCUCUCCCCCGGGCGAGAAGCACGAAAGUCAGUCUGCAUCGUUCUCGUCCAUCGGAGCCUGUCCAAGAAAAGCGCAAGGUCCCAGAACCGGAGAUCGUGGUCCCUAAAAAACGCUCGCGAUUUCCUUGGAGUCGACAUAAGCAUCACGCCUCCGAGCCGGUGGCUAAAGAUGGACCACAAGGUCCAGGGGUCUCCCGACAAGCCUCUACGUCUUUCGAGAAACAGCCCUCUCGAAACUCCUCGGAGCUCGAGGUACACGAGAGCAACCCCGAGCAGUCGACCCCUGGCUUUGAUAGGGACUCCCUUCAAAUUGUCAAUCUUGCCCUGAGUCUCAAUGAAUCCCGAAGGCGCACAGCGUCCGGAAUUCCCCCAGGGCCGGGUCGCAGGCCGAUAUCUGUUUCCCAGCCUGCUGUUCCGCUAGCAGAUAGCUAUGGCCAACCUUCGCGGGCAAGAAAUCCCCAACACGACUCGGCUUAUCGCAAUCUUACUCAAAUUCCGGGUGAUCGCAUGUCGCAGGGGACACUGCCAAGCUUGGAGCAGUCAUCUGUGGUGAACCUGUUGCCCCCUUCUGCAAUCGCAGAUCAUAGAGCGUACGAGUUCUCCGAAAGCACGUUGAUCCGGGCUCAAAAGGCUCGGAAUCACUUUGAUCUGUUUCAUGAAUACAUGCGACUGCUUCCAUUGCUGCCUCCACUACGAGAAUCAGGUAAGGAGGGCCUCCCGGAGUCUUCAAUCACCCAGCAGCCUCAUCGCGGCUACAAUCCCCUUCAGACCAUCCGAAAUCGCAAAGUCAGGUAUCGUGAGAAAUGUACCAUCGAUCCAGACGCUGAAGGGUGGCAUGACGCAGAAAGGGUUCAUCAGUGGAUCGACAAUGUCGAGCAAAAAUACAGCAAAACCGACCAUGAUCAAUUGGAAUGUCUCAAGCUACCAUCUUUCAGGCAGGGCCCCCGCCAUGCAUCCAUUGGAGAGCAUGAAGACGGGUAUAUGAUGGCUACCUCACCUCCGACAAGCUUACGACGUGUCAGUCGAACAAGCAGCACGAAAGCCCGCCGGCCGCGGAUUGAUUGGAAGAUUUCACCUGCAGAGCUAUUGGCCGAUGCUGCGUGGCUCGAAGAUGGCACCAAUAAGACAAAAGUGGUCGAUAAGGAUGGGUUCAAGCUUUACCCUGAUCCCACGGCACUUGUCAUCCUGAACACGCGUGAUGAUACGACAACGCCUUACAAGCAACGCCUCUCGCUCGAGGUGGGAGAUCACGGAGAGGCAAACUCUUCACCACGGACUUCCCUCUCCAGCACCCAUCCUGCGCUAGCGCAUGAAUUUAAAAGCGUGGGCCGAGGGCGACACAGGCACCGGUUCCGAAGUCAUUCCCACAGCCUUCGCAGUCGUAGCGGCUCCAGCACAAGGAAGCCCUCUCGAUGGAACAAAGUGAAAAUGCGUUCCGGCAGUGUCUCAAGCUCCUCCAGUUCGGCGUCGCAGCCUUCCCUCGAUGAACGACCUCGUUUGUCUCGCGAGCCUCUCCGCGAGCAUGUGCAAAGAUUCGUUGAUCACGCCCAGGCUUCGGGGUCUCGUGUCUCUCGUGCUAAAUCCCCUGCUGUCAGGACUAGUGAAUACGAUCGGGGAAGGACACCGCAGCCCUCCGAGCCAUUAGCACUCAACACGUCGCACAAGCAUAAGCGUCGAAAAGGUUCUGUUUCAUCAGCGGACAGUAUGGACUACCGACUUGGUCCGCGACCGUCCGUGGAGGGGAUGGAUAGUACUGCGCCCAAUUCACCCGCCCAUACCGGCUACUUCCCAAGCAUAGCCGUCAAUUUAUCGCCUCCUUCUAGCCGAUCACCCUCGCCUACGAAGAAAGGCCUGCGUCACAAGAUUGUCUCCCGCCAUGAGCGGAGCAAAAGCAAACAGGCCCAUCGAGAGCGCGAAGACGACGUCCUGGAUUACGAGACUCCGCAUCAUCAACCUGUGUCAUCUCCUGAUUGGAAUGAAGGUGCUUCUAAACUUGAUCCCAGUCCUCUUCCUGACUCUGUCUCUCCGCCUUACCAAGAAGACCAGGCCGUGUCAGAGGGGCAUCGGCCCCGCAAGGGAGCCCAUAUUCCUGAAUCCAAGCUACGGGGGAUCUUCAAGGGCCCUGGUCGGAUUGCAGAGAUCGUGGGAAAUGAGGUGUCAAAGGUUGGAGAUCUCAUUUUGAAAAAGGACACAGAGCCAGACUCUCGGAAAUCUUCAUCUGCAAAUACCCUUGCUUCGGACGAUAGUGACUCGGAUGAAGAGCCCCGAACGGACAAGAAGACUGGACUGCUUCCUCGCAGGGAAUCCGAGAAGACCGCAUCUCGCAACUAUAUCUCUCUGCCAUCCUUCACUUCGCCUCUGCGCUCGGACGAGCGAAGCAAGGCUCCAGCGGAGGGCGAAUUAAGUAGCCCUCGCGAUCAACCGACCCCUCGCAAGUAUGAAGGCCGUGAGUCUUCUAAAAAGCUCACCUUCUCACGGAGCAGGACACUCGAUUUCAGCCCCUCGCUGCAGAAGGGGCGUUCAAAUCGCCACGAAAUCAAAGAUCCGUCUAUUCCGUUCAGCUUAACCCGGCCUCCUGUCACUGGGCUGGCUAAAGCUCGAGCUUCGCCCGGGAUUUCACCCGAGGGGAGACGCUCAGGACUCUCUGGGGCGAGUCGCGCUUGGAGUAUCUCCGGCCGCAGUCUCCAUACUUUGACCGACACCGGGAUUCCUGCCAAAUCCGAGAUUGAGCGCACUCGGGCACUUCUUCUGUCGUCCGGCAUUAAAGCCCGUGAGAUAACACGCAGAGCCCACAGUACUCGUGAGCCUGCUCCACACUGGCUCCAGAGCUCUUUGGCAUCUGGCACAUCUAUCCCAAGAGUGACACGCAUCAAUGAGUUCGACCUUGCCGCGCAGAAUCUGCUCCAACGUUUUGAAAUGACUCAACAGUCAUUCCAGCAGUCCAUGCAUAAUUUCUCCACCACUACUUCGUCACCUCUUCGGUCUCAGAUCAAGAACCUCGAGACCCUGGUCAACCAAUCGCUUGCGCCCCGCGUUAGGGCCACUGCAAACGAUGCGGAGGACAUGUGCGUCCAGCUGAACACUACGAGCACGCUCGCCGUCAAGCAGCUCAGUGAUGCCCUUGACAAAGGUGUUCGCAAGCGUCGCCGUCGAUUGAGAUGGAUCCGCCGAACCGGGUUCAUGGUCUUGGAAUGGGCCCUGGUUGCCAUGCUUUGGUGGGUAUGGCUGAUUGUCAUGGCUUUCAAGCUGGUCCGUGGUGUCUUCCGAGGCUUUUUCUCUGGUGUUCGAUGGGUCUUGUGGCUUUGA